GGUGGACGUGGUGAACAGGCGCCUGGUGGUGGAGAAAAGUGGCUCGACGCCAUCUGAGAGUGGCUCCGAGGAUGGGCUGCGGCGCAUUGUCCACCUCUACACCACCUCUGACGACUACUGCCUGGGCUUCAACAUCCGCGGCGGCAGGGAGUUCGGCCUCGGCAUCUACGUCUCCAAGGUGGACCCUGGGGGGCUGGCGGAGCAGAAUGGCAUUCGGGUGGGAGACCAAGUCCUUGCAGCCAACGGAGUCAAGUUUGAAGACAUAAGCCAUAGCAAGGCAGUGGAGGUGCUCAAGGGGCAGACCCACAUCAUGCUAACCAUCAAGGAGACAGGCCGGUUCCCUGCCUACAAGGAGAUGGUGGCCGAGUACUGCUGGCUCAGUCGCUUGACCAAUGGGCAGCUGCAGCAGCUGUCUCAGACCUCAGAGACCAGCUCCUCCAUCUCCUCCUACUCCUCGGGGCCGGCACCAGGGGCAGUGAACGGGCUGGGGAUGGCUGCCUCAGGGACCGCCACCCGCACCGGGGACGGGCUGCCAGAGACACGGCGCACGGUGCGGCCCCCUGAGCUGCUGCGAGACACAGCCAUCCGGGGCCAGGGUGCCCGUGAGCCCCCUGGCACCCACCCACGCCGGACCUUCGCCCACUCGCCCAAGACGGCGCUGCUGCUGGCGCUGAGUCGGCCCCGGCAGCCCAUCACGCGCUCCCAGAGUGACCUCACCGUCGCUGAGGAGAAGCGGAAGAAGGAGAAGCCAGAGGGACAAGGGGCACGGGGGGCCCCCCCAGGGCUGCACCGCUCAAAGACCCUUGUCAACCUCUUCUUCAAGGGGGGCCGUGCCACCAGCCAGAGCUGGGCACCCCCCAGCCAGGAGCCCCCCACCGCCGACCGCCGGGCACGCUCCAAGUCCCCAGGGCGCCUCGAUGGGGACAGAGUAGGCGCUGUGCAGAAGUUUGUCAGCCGAAGCCUGAAGCGGGAGAAAAGCCAGCGUGCCAGCAUCCUGGGCCCCACGGGCAUCGCCGCCCUGCAGCCCAACGGCAGCGAUCCCGAGGCCCGGCUCCCGCACAUCCAGGACACCGCUGCACGUCUCCUCAGCCCCGACGAGGUGACAGCCGUGCUCCGACACUGCUCCAGG